AGAGGGAUACCACAUUGGUGGUGAAAGAACCUUGAAUGCAGCUGAGAUGCGCGAAACAAGUUGUAUAUUUUCUUGCGACGGGGACUAUAGGAGGCCCUCCUAAAGAGGGGUGUUCUCUGUAGUUAUACGCCGACUCCCAAGAUUGAAAACGAUUGGUGGGAGGCUCCUUCCUCUGUAUUUCCUUCCUAAUCAAGAAAAAUUUACAUUGUACAUGAAUGUAUACAUACAGUAAUCAUUUGUAAGCUCCAUUGUCAAAUGAAAAUGUAAGGUUACGGAGGGAACUUCAUUUUGGCUUAGAAUGGCUAUUAUCAGUUUAAUAAUUAUCUUGACUGCGUGUUUUUUCAGACUUGUUCUCUUCUCUGAUGGAUCGCCAACGCUUCUCUUUGUCACACAGAAGGAUAUUAAAAUGGCAAAUGCCUCUCGUACUAACAAAGUAACUACUAUUAUAAAAGAUCUCUCCGAAGGUGCAGCCAUAGAUUUUUAUUUUGAGCACGAUUUGGUAUGUUGGUCGGAUAGUGGUUUAGAAAUAAUUCAAUGUGUUCAAACGAAUGGGACGCACAUGGGUGAAAGAACAAUUGUAGUAAAUUCUAGUUUAAUCUCUCCGGAUGGUUUAGCCUGCGAUUGGUAUACAGGAAAAUUAUAUUGGACAGAUGGAGAAAAGAACAGAAUAGAAGUGACCAGCAUCGAUGGACGUCACAGAAAAGUCCUUUUUUGGACUGAUAUUUAUCAACCGAGAGCUAUUGCUCUUGUGCCAAUGAGGAGCAUACUAUUUUGGACAGAUUGGGGUGAUGUACCUAAAAUAGAAAGAGCCGCGAUGAACGGCGAUCCGUCGACGAGAGAAGUGAUCAUUUCCGAUGAUAUAUUUUGGCCGAACGGUCUAACCGUAGAUUAUGAAAAUGAAUUGGUUUAUUGGGUAGAUGGAAGACUGAAAUUUAUCGCGGUAAUGGAUUAUUAUGGAAAGAACAGACGGAAAGUGGUAGAGCAAGGAUUAGAUUAUCCUUUCGCGGUGACAUUUUUUGAUCACAAAUUAUAUUGGACCGAUUGGAAAACAUGGUGUGUACAUUCGUACGAUGUGCGACAAUAUCAAGCGCAUCCUAGAGAAUUGUUACACGGAGAAUAUAUCCCUGGUGAUAUAGAAGUUUGGGAUAUUAGGAGACAACCACGCGGUAAUCAUCCGUGUGAAAAAAAUAACGGAAACUGUUCGCAUUUGUGUCUUUUAAGUAUGACAGAACCUGGAUAUACUUGCGCCUGUCCAACAGGCGUUAAAUUGGUGGACAACUUAACAUGUGCGGAAGGGCCAGAAGAAUUACUAUUAAUAGUUCAAAGAAACGAAAUUUGUCGAAUAUCAUUGGAUUCUCCUGAUUAUACCAAUUUUGUACUACCAUUAACAGGAAUUAAACAUGCAAUAGCAAUAGAUUUUGAUCCUGUACAAGAGAUGCUUUACUGGACCGACGAAGAAGCUCGUGCGAUACGCAGAGCUUCAUUGGACGGUACUAAUCAAGAAAAUAUUAUAACUACCGAAGUGGGGAAUCCUGAUGGGAUAGCUGUUGAUUGGCUAGCUAGGAAUCUUUAUUGGACUGAUACAGGAACAGAUCGAAUAGAAGUGGCUCGAUUGAAUGGUACAAGUAGAAAGGUGUUAAUAAAUGAGGAUCUAAUUGAACCUAGAGCGAUCGCUUUAGCUCCGGAGCAUGGAUGGAUGUUUUGGACAGAUUGGAACGAGAAACGACCGAAAAUAGAGCGUAGUAAUCUUGAUGGAACGGAACGUACCCUUUUAGUAACUAAAGAUAUUGUUUGGCCGAAUGGAAUUGCAUUAGAUCUUGCAAGAUGGAAAAUUUAUUGGUGCGACGCGAAGACGGACAAAAUUGAAGUGUGCAAUAUGGAUGGGACAGAUAGGAGAGAAGUGAUUACAGAUAAUCUUCCGCAUCUUUUUGGAUUGAGUCUGUUAGGAGAUUAUUUAUACUGGACUGACUGGCAAAGACGAAGCGUGGAUAGGGCGCAUAAACUUACAGGCGGUGAAAGGGAAGUAAUCGUUGAUCAGGUUCCAAAUGUCAUGGGUUUGAAAGCGGUUCAUUUAGGAAAAGUAAAUGGUACAAAUCCUUGUGUAAAAAAUAACGGUGGUUGUAGUCAUUUAUGCUUAAAUCGACCAGAAAAUAAAUAUGUAUGCGCUUGUCAAAUUGGAUACGAGCUAACGAAAGAUAAAAAAACUUGCGUCGUUCCUGAUGCAUUUAUGUUAUUCGCAAGAAAAGGGAACAUUGGGAGAAUUAGUAUCGAAAAUGCAAAUAAUGACAACAUCAUUCCAUUGACUGGUGUUAGAGAUGCAAGCGCCUUGGAUUUUAAUAUAGCAGACAAUCGUAUUUAUUGGACAGAUGUUAAGUUAAAAACAAUCACGAGGGCUUUUAUAAAUGGUUCCGAUAUGGAACGAGUUGUUGAUCUUGGCUUAGAAACACCUGAAGGAUUGGCAAUUGAUUGGAUUGCUCAUAAUUUAUAUUGGAGCGAUACUGGUACUCGAAGAAUAGAGAUGGUUCGAUUAAAAGGUUGUAGUAGGAAAGUUCUUAUUUGGAGUAAUAUCAUUGAACCUAGAUGCUUGGCUCUCGAUCCAAGAAGAGGCUAUAUGUAUUGGACUGAAUGGGGAAAUUCUGGAAGCAUAGAAAGAUCUUUCUUAGAUGGUACCAAUCGUGAGGUAAUACUUUCUAAUAUCGGAAAAGCAAAUGGUCUAACAAUCGACCAUUCAGCACGGAAAUUGUAUUGGGCAGAUUUAUCAACUCCUGCCAUCGAUAGUUUUGAUUUACACACGAGAAAAAGAAAUGCGGUUAUAACACAAAAUAUCGUGUAUCCGUUCAGUAUUACUCAAUAUCAAGAUUAUAUUUAUUGGACAGAUUGGAAUACAGGCGACAUAGAGAAAGCUAAUAAAACAACCGGAGUAAAUAGAGUGAAAAUACAUAAUAAAUUAGAAUCUGUGACAGACUUGUUAGUUUACCAUGCUUCUAGACAAGCAGGCUGGAAUCCUUGCGCAGUAACAAAUGGCAAUUGCAGCCAUCUUUGUAUAGCUUUGCCUGGAGAAAAUGAAAGUAUAUCUAAUUCUGUUAAAUGCGAUUGCCCUACUCAUUAUAAUUUGGGGGAAGACAACGAAACUUGUAUUGGACCAAAGAAUUUCAUGAUGUAUAGUUUGCGCAAUGCAAUUUAUCGUUUUCUUCCCGAUACUAAUGAUUGUCCAGAUGUAGUUCUGCGGAUUCAAGGUCUAAAGAAUGUACGAUCCAUAGAAUUCGAUCCUAUAACUCAACACAUUUAUUGGAUCGAUGGUCGAACUUUGUCUAUCAGAAAAACAUUGGAAAAUAAAACCCACUCUAGCAUAAUGGUUUCUGGAAAUUCCGGACACCCCGUCGAUCUUGCUAUAGAUUCCUUGGGAAGACUGUUAUUCUGGUCUUGUGCUGUAAACGAUGCGAUUAAUGUUACAAAACUUGAUAAUGGUUCCGCUUUGGGCGUUGUAGUUAAAGGUGAUGGAGAAAAACCAAGAAAUAUUGCGAUACAUUCAGAAAAGAGACUACUCUUUUGGACAGAUGUUGGAAGAAAGAUGAGAAUAAUGCGUAGCAAAAUGGACGGAAAAGAAAGAGUUGUAGUAGCAACUGAUCUUGAAGCACCGACAGGUAUCGCGGUUGAUGCCGCUUCAAAUAUCGUAUACUGGGUACAUGGAAAUCAGAUUGAAUGCGCCGACUUCGAUGGAAAUAAUAGAAGGGUUUUGGUUUCUCCUAUUGGAAAAGGAUCAACUGUUUAUUUAUCUGUAUUUUUUGAUUACGUUUAUUGGUUCGAUAGAGAAACAUCAAACCUGGAACGUGUUAAUAAAUUUGGAAGCGGAAGAAAAAUAAUUAUGAACAAAGUACUUACAGAUCUAAUUACAAUAAAUACUCCACAAGAAGAUGUGAUGAAAACACACAUUUGUAGCCCCUUUCGUGAUCACGGUGGAUGUUCUCAUUUUUGUAUUGGAACCACUUCUUCUAGAUGUUCUUGUCCAAAGUCAUUGGUUUUAUCUGAAGAUGAAAAGACAUGUAGAGCUGCUCCAGCUUGUGGAUCGGAUCAUUUUACUUGUGCUGCUCCUAGUUCUACCGUAGCAAAAGAUUGUAUACCUGCAACAUGGAAAUGUGACGGUCAAACGGAUUGUCCUGAUGGAAGUGACGAAUUAGGUUGUCCAGCUUGUAGUCGUGAACAAUUCAAAUGUCAAAGUGGUCAUUGCAUUGAUAUGGCUUGGGUAUGCGACGGAACAGCUCAGUGUCACGACGGUCUCGACGAAGCUCAUUGCUGCCGUCCUGGUCAAUUUCAGUGUAUCGGGAACCGCGUUUGUAUCUCUGGUUCUGCACUUUGUGAUGGUUGGGAUGAUUGUGCCGAUGGUAGCGACGAACAUGCAUCAGCGUGUACACCUGCAAAUAAUCCUCGUCAAGAAAAUAAUUCAUUAGAACCUGGAAAAAUCACCUAUGUCAUUAUUGUACCUAUCGGAUUAAUUGUAACAAUCGCUACAAUUGCUUCCGGAUUUUAUUACUGCAGAAGAAAAUUUAUAAAUAACGAGGAAUUACCAGAUAUAUUACAUGAUUCAGCUGGUGAUCCUUUAUCGCCAAAGCCAACAAGAUUAGUGAAACCAAUGUUUGCACAGAAAAACUGUAGAAAAGAUUUAAAAAUGGGAAUGGAGACUGUAAGAAUGUCAAUGUUGAAUGGGAGUAGUAUUGGAUCAAGUUAUGACCGAAGUCAUAUAACUGGGGCAUCGAGUUCAACCCGUGGUAGUUCUGCGGGGGGUUAUCCGCAAGAAACAUUGAACCCACCUCCGAGUCCAGCAACAACAGCCAACUCUACUAGAUGUUCAAGCAGUAAUGCAUCGAGGUAUAAACCUUAUAGACAUUACAGAAGCAUAAAUCAACCACCCCCUCCGACGCCAUGCAGUACAGAUGUUUGUGACGAGUCGGAUACCAAUUAUCCAGCAAGAUAUCGGUAUGAAAGUGAACCUUAUCCUCCUCCUCCUACCCCAAGAUCUGUUUAUCAGAGCGAUGCAGGGAUUAGUUGCCCUCCAUCCCCUAGUUCCAGAUCUUCAACAUAUUUUAGUCCUCUUCCACCACCCCCUUCUCCUGUUCCUUAAACUCAUUAAAACCUUUUAGGAUCUUAUUUUCCAAAGAAUCAAUGUUUUCUAUUCAUUCUUGGAAACAAUUAUUAUAUACCAUUGUGCCUCGAAAACGCUGUAAAUAUUGUAACAAUGUAUAAAAACUGUAUAUGAUUUUUAGCCGUUAAGACAUAUAUAAGUUGUUUAAGAAAAAGUUUUUUUGUAUCAAUACUAUUUUUUAGGUUUUUUAAAUAUAUAAAAUUUAUUCUAGCAAUAUAAGUAUGCAUAAUUAUACAGGAGAAUUUAAUUAUGUAAAUUUGAAAUUUACAACCAAAACAUAUCAGAUUUGUAUAACAAAUUACAGUAAUAAGUGUAAUAAUAGUUUAACAUUUUUUAAGAUAGCUAAAAAGAAUUGAAAAUUAUUUCUAACGAGAAUGAAAUCAAAAUAAUAGUAAUGAAUCGUCUAAUUAAAAAAUACUUAAAUUUCUGUAUUUAUUUGCAUUAUUCUAUAAGAAUUAACGAAAGUAGGAAAAGUUAUGUUACAAUUAUCAGAUAAUUACAUAAAAUGCAAAGUAAUACAGUUCCUGCAAUUCGUAACGGACUGUGCCAUAAAAUAUGUAGGAUAUUUAGUAAAUUAAAUUCAAAAUUCAAAUAUAUUUGUACAUAUAUAUAUGCAAGAUGUCCGGGUGAUUCCCAGCAGUUUAUUCUACAAAUAAAAAUAUGAAGAAAAAUGGUAUAUAAAGGUCGGUUAUAAACAAAUUUAAACAACUAUUGCAGAGGACUGGUCUUUUGUCACUUGAGUUCAUCAUACAACAUUUUUUCUUAUUUUUAUCUAUAAAAUAUCUUUUCGUAUUUUGUUGGGAAUAACUUGGUGCAACCUGUAUAAGUUGGUUUAUAUUGUACAUUAUCAUACAAAAUGUAUAAUAUAAAACGUAUUACGAUUACGAGAAUGGUUUUUUACCUCGCACUGCCAUUACACAAGACUCGAGGAAAUUAUUCAAUUAUUGUCCUUGUUUGGCAUUAAAGACUGAAAUAAUUCUUCUAUAUUUUUUUUACAUUUACAACAAAAAAUGUAUUGUCAUAUGUAGUAUAAUUGUAUAAAGGAAUAAAACUUUUGUUACAUAUUUUA